GAGACUCAAAAAAAAAACGCCUGCAAAAUGUUUGGCUGCAUUUAUCAGCUCUGGGACUGGUUGGAGGCGCCACCACUCUUCACCGCCGGCACUAUGGACGCCAAGAAGCUGCAACAGCUGCAGGAGGCGGCCAUACUUGCGCAGCAGCAGAAGAAGCUGCCGUUGGCGUACCAAACAAACUUGGUGGACUACCGGACGGCGGCCUACAGCCAAGCCCUUUACCAGCAGUCUCCGACAGCCACGAGUUCCAGCGGCGGCGGUCCACUCUCGCCCAUCGAGAUGCAGCCUCAAUCGAAGCACCACGGCCUGCUGAAGCACGGCGGGGGUGGAGGAAACUCCAGCAGCUCACACAGUUCCCCGUACCACCAGUCGUACUCCAGCAGUGGCGGCGGGACGGCCGCUGAGCAGCUCUACCAGUCGCCCACGGAACGCACCUAUCUGGCGGCGGCGGGCAGGUUGCAGGCUAAUAACGCCACAGCCGGACAUCAUCCGAUCUCGGCACUGCAGGCGCAGUAUCAACAGCUCCAGGCAGCCAAGAUGCAGGCCCAGAUGGCCACCCAAAACGAGGCGGCCCAGCAGCAGCAACGCACCUUUGCAUUGCGGCAGGCCAUGAACCCGCCCACAGGACACUACCAUAUGAGUCAGUCCUCCAGCAUGGUCUCCAAUAUGACCACGAUGACCCAGCAACAGCAGCAGCAACACCAGAGGGCACCUCCUUCCUCUCUAAACUUGCAAAAUCAAUAUCAGCCGGCGCAGGGUCCUUUGAAGUUGCAACAGCAACAAAUGCCAAAGCACUAUCAAGAGCAGCUCUAUGCCCAUCAGCAGCAACUCCAACAGCAGCAGCAGCAAUUGCAUCAGCAACAGUUGCAGCAACAACAGCAACAGCAGCAACAACAACAGCAGCAGCAGCAGCAUCGCCAUAAAACGGAGCUCCAAACACCUGGAAGUGAACAUGGAACGGUCUACAUCCAACAGAAUCAUCCAGGACAUGUGGUGAACCAGGCCUGCCAGACCCAAAUAUCGGCAGUCAAGCCCAAGGCCACGCCCAGCUCGGAGGAGUCCUCGACCACCUCGGCCAAGAGCCCCUCCCACGCUCCCUUGGAUCGCAAGAAGAGUGCCGGAUCCAUUCAGGCCCUGAAGUCGCCCAUUACGAAGAGACCACCAUCCACGCCGGUAACUCUGUCUGGAUGGUUGCACAAGCAGGGAUCCGACGGCCUGAAGGUGUGGCGCAAGCGGUGGUUCGUCUUGGCCGAGUACUGCCUGUACUACUACAAGGGUCCCGAAGAGGAGAAGCUCCUUGGGUCGGUUCUAUUGCCAUCAUAUCGGGUAUCCGCCUGCUUGCCGGAGGACAAGAUAUAUCGAAAGUUCGCCUUCAAGUGUGAGCACCAGAACAUGAGAACCUAUUGGCUGGCUGCUGACAAUUCCGAGUCGAUGAUGACGUGGGUGCGAGCAUUGGCCGCCGCAAGUAUGAUGCAGGCCCCCAGUAGCGGGGAGUCGGAGCCCAGUGUGAACUCCUCCCUCAAUCACAGUGGAGAGAAUUCGGAUUCUGGGAUUCACACCCUGCAGUCGCAGCCGAGCAAGGGACAACCCACACCCUCGUCGGACGGGUUAAGUGGAGGAGGUGGUGGAGUUAGCAGCUCCCAACCCCUGUACGCCAAUGCACCGCCCAAGCCCCGACGAAGCAACGAUGGGGGCUACUCCUCUCCAUCGCCGGAACACAACGAACAGCAGCAGCAACACUCUAGUCGCCGAUUGAUGUCGCCCACGCAGCAGCUGUACCAGCAACAACAGCAGCAGCAGCAACACCAGCGAUCUCAGCAGCAACAGCCGCAGCAACAUCAUGCCAUUUACGACACCAGAACGGGUCAUGUCUCCAGUGCCCUGCAACUCCAGCAGGCCCAGCAGCAAUACUCACUGGACCACUUGGAGGCGCAGUUCCAGCAGCAGCAACUAGACAUGGAGGAGCAGAUUGCCCGACUGCAGCAGCAACGGGCCGCCGAGGAGAUCUACGGCGAGCGGGAGAUGUACAUGGCCAAGCUCCUCCAUCAGCAGCGCCAGGCCGCCAAUGGCAGCUACCCCACCCAGCAGCAGCUCCUGCAUGCGGAGCGGAGGACACCCGAUGCCUAUGGGCGGUCGAAGCAACAACGUCUCUUUGCCGCCGCUCAAGCUGCAGCGGACUACGAGGAUAUCUACAACAUGUCCCAGCUGGCUGGAGCCGGGGGAGUGCCCAUGUCGGCCCAGGAGGCACUACUGCAGGAGGCGGCCAGCUACCGGAGACCGCUUAGCCCGCCCAGCUACGAUGGUUCCAAGCACGUGCCGGCCAUGCCGCAGCGAUACACGCCCAAUCACUUGGAGGCCAGCGGCGCUGAUCAACUAAUCAAUACAAUGGACUUGCGUGCUCGCACAGCGGCGGCCAUCGUGCGUCCGCAUUCGGCCGACUUCCUGGAGUAUGAGGCGCGUGCCGAGGCUGCUGCUGCGGCUGCCGCGGCAGCCAUUGCCCAGAGCCAGCAGGAGAGCGGCCGGGCACCCAGACCCAAGUCCAGUUUGGACAUCAACCGGACACCGGACAGCUUCUACUAUUCGGAGGCGAGUUAUGCGGACAAGAUGCGAAAGAGCGCCCUCUAUCUGCAGAACGGGGCUCAACCGCAGCAGGCGGGAAGCUAUCGAACUGCGGCCGGAGAUAUCAAUUCCGGCGUUAACACCAUCGGCUACGAGAAUCCGUAUGAGAGGGCCUACAAGCGACAGGAGCUGCUGGCCGAGGCGCAGGCCCAGGCCCAUGCUCAGGCCAGUAGCAUGCCCAGGAUGAGUCGAUCGGCCAGCCAGGGACGAGCGAUGGGGUCGCAACUGCAGUCACCGCAGCAGGAGGACCUGCCACCGCUGAACGUGCACCCCGGCUCCAUAUUUCCGCCAUCGAUGUCCACCCAGGAGAUAAUCUGCAAAAACGAGCAGUUCCUGCGUUCCGCCAGUGCUCGACUGCCCAAGAGAAACGGCAUGGAUGAUGACUAUUCGGCGGCCAACUCCACCACCACGUCACCCACAUCGGGAGCUGCCCCCUCCCCGCAGCACCAGGAGGGUGAGAGGAAGCGGGAGGAGUCCAUGAAGCGUCUGCUGGAGUGGAAGCAGCGCAUGCUGCAGUCACCUUUGACCCGCAAGGGCAUCCAGCAGGGCGGUAGCAACAUGUCCGCCAUGUCAAAGCUGGGCAGCAAUCCGAACAUACUUCUGGCAUCUACGGCAGUGGCCAGUGGAGCACGCUAUGCCCCUCAGGCGGGCAAGACGGGUCUGGUGGGCAACGGCAAUGGCAAUGGUAGUGCAGCCGGAAACGGAAGUGCUUCGGGGGCAGGAAAUGCCGCUACAGCCGCAGGAAUCCAACGCUCUCGAUCCGAAUCACAGGCUAACAUGGGACCUGGUGGAGUGGCGUACAACAACUACUCCUCGGAUGAUGAAGAUGCGACUGUGGAUGAAAACUUGUAUAAAGCGGCGGCAGGAAGGUCAACAUCAACAACAAAUACCACAACAACAGAAACUGAAACAGAAACAGAACCACGACCAACAACAACAACAACAUCCCAACAGGUAGCAACAACAACAGCAGCAAUAGAAAAUCAUAGCAGUAGCACAAAUUUAGACAGUCCAACAAUAGCAACAAUAGCUGCAACAGAGGUAGCUGCCACACCAAGCCAAACAGUCCAAACAGUGCAACCAGUCCAAACAACACCAUCAACACUAAAAGCAACCAAUGCCAAAUUCCAGCUAAAGCCCAUUUUGAAAGUGCAUGAGGCGAGCAAGACCCGCAUUAUUCAGGUGAUUCAGGCGCAUUAUUCAGGAAAGGAGCAGGAGUCGGAGCUGGAGGAAGGGGACUCUGAGCCUGUACCCAUUUUGCCAAAGAAAAUAGCACCCAAAUCGCCGCAGAAUGCCAAUUAUGUUCCCGUGUACAGCAACAAGCUGGUCAGCAGCAGCAACUACGAGAACAUGGAGUUUGGCAGGCCAAUCGCCUCCGACAGCAAGACAGCGAUUACGGAUCCCGAGGAGACACCCAUGCUUAUGCAACUGAAGCUGUUCAAGGAGCAACAACAGCAGAAGGAACAACUUCAGGCCCCGGAGGAGGACCUGACACCCACAGCGGAAAGCAAGCCGAUUCCCGGCGAGGAUAUGAAUGCGGGCGUUGCGGAAGACGAAGAAGAUGAUGAGGACGAGGCGGAGGACGAAGAUGAGAGCACAGCCUGUGAAGAGUACACUGACGAUGACAUUGACGAGGCUCUGGCGCAGGACGAAGAGGAUGCGGAUGAGGGCUCCGAGCACCUGGAUCCUGAAACUGAAAAGCUGAAAAAAGAGCAGGAAGAGGAGAAGGAGCUGCAGCAGAUUUAUGUCAAUGAACCCAUCACCCCCACCGACCAGCAAUUCGACGAGAGUCACUAUUUGCCCAUGACACCUAAAAAGGUGGAACUGGGCCAGCCUGGUGUCCUCACUUUGGUCAGCAUGCACGAGUGCUAUGCCGAGGAGGAGGAAAAUCACUACGUGGAGAUGACCAAGGGCAUUGAGGAGGACGAUAGCAAGAGCAACUAUGAAAUCAUGUGCCUGGCCAGCUCCUGCGAAGUGAAGGUAACCACCAAAUCGGAGCCUGUCUAUAUGGAACUAGCAGGGGUGAAGCCUGCUCCGCCACCAGUCGAAGAGGCGCACUGUUCCUCAGGCCGAUCCACCCUCAAGAAGGCUAAGAAAUCAGGAAGCGAAACGCUGAAGAAGAAAACCAAGAAACGUCAGGGAAAGGACAUGCCGGAUAUCCUCAAGCCGGCCAAGAGCGCCUUGGCCUUGGCCAGUGACAGCUCGGACGCGGAUGACGAGAGCAGCAGGCAGCAGCUGGAGGCCAAGAAGCUGAGAUCCCGAUCCCGUUUCAGCCUGUCGGACACCUUUAGGCCGGCUUCCUACUAUUUGGGAGCCUCCACGCCCCUCAACAACUAUGCCGAGAGUUCUGACAGCGAAAUCCUGCCACCGCCUCCCAUUCCAGACUCGCCGCCACCCAUGGAGGAGCUAAAGACAGAGGAAAUAUUUUCCUCGGAGCACUACGAUACAGUGAAGCGUCGUGACAGCAACAGCAAAGUGAAUCUCUCCUACGAGCAGCUCCCCAAAAUGCAUGCCAGCAAUACGUCCUUGAACUUACCCAAAGCUGCUCCAAGUCCUACCCUGAAGAGCAGUCGACUUUCGCUACCCGAUCACUUCACCAAGAUGAGACUUACGCCUCAGAGAUUGCAGGUUACGGCCACGCCUCCGCAGCAACAUCACGCCCGUACUCUGUCCGACUCCAACUACAGUUGCCAGUUGACGGACAAUAGCUCCCGCACCUCCUCGGACCUGGACUUGUACCGGAGGAGAGGUCAACAGCAGCGGUGCACCAGCAACAAUUCGCUACCCCUGAGCAGCGAGAAUGAAUCGGUGGAGUUCCGCCAGAGAUCAGACUCGGAGCUGGAUCGCCAGAGGUCGAGGAGACCCCUUUCGCAGGAGUCCAUCAGCGAAAUCGAGUCCCUGAGCGAACAGUUCGAGGAGACCCUGAGCAGUCACGAGCUGGACACCUACCUGAGCCAUUUGCACCUGCCCACGGGUCAGGCCACGCCCACGAGUCACCUGCUGAACGAUGCCAAUGCCGCUGCCGGAGCAGAUAUCCUCACAAACCUCAUUAAGCCGCCGAAAACAUUCCGCAACGCCGAAGACGAGGAGCAGCACUUUUACGGAAACAUACACUUUCUCUCCUCCACGGACUCCAUUCAGCAGCUAGGCGGAGCCGCUGCUGCCUGCUUGGUGGCGCUUCAUAGUCGCAACAACAGCAACAUAUCCACUCAAUCAGCCCCUUAUUACUACUCGGAGCUGCCGACACCACCACAGUUGAAUAACCAGCGCGAUAUACACGCCCAUGGCUUGAACAUUGCCCACAUCCACAACCCCAUCGACAGGUUCAAUGUGGACGCCUUGGUGGAUAAGGAUCAGGCUAUCGACAGCAAGAACCUGUACUGCAUGAAGGAUAACAACGAGAAGCUAAGCAACAAGAACCUGAAGCUGAACAACAACCAACUGGCGGACGCAGUGGAGCCACCAGAGAGUAGCGGUAGUGGCUCACUAAACCCAUCACAUUCAUAUCUCACAACUACUAAAAACACAAAUCUCGCUCGUAAGACGAUUGGUGGUAGCGAUGGCAACCCUAACGAUGGUGCUGGUGAAGAUUCGGAUGCAGGCAGUGGCUUAGGCGGAGGCGGAGAAGUGGGAGGUGUUACACCUGGAAAGACCCCGUCCAAUAAUGUGAAUCCCAACCUCUCAGUUCUAGGUGGCGAGUUGCUUUGGGAGGAGGAUGCUCUCUGGCGGGAAAGCUUACGGCGCGUCUCGCAGCGACAUGCCCGAUCCCUGGACGACCUGGACAGGAUAACAGCAGGUCCAGUCGCCAGCACCCCUAAAGCCAAGUUGAGCCGCGAGGUGACCUAUGUGAACGAUAGCCAGAAGCCGCGACAGCCGGCCCAGCCGCAGCCCCUGAAUGAACAUGAUGUCUAUGUCCAACUUUUGGAGAACGCAUCGCUGAACCAGGAUCAUAACGACUCCGAUGUGUACGAGGUCCUGCGGGAAGAGACGGCCUCCAAUUUGUCGCACAAAUCCAACGAGCUGGAUCGCGAAACCAUACGCCAGUGGGAUGCCAUGUCGAGUGGCCUGAUGAAGAGUCACCACAGCAACACAGAGACCACCGGAGGCCAUAAUUCGGGGGGUGUUGCCCACCUGCCCCUCACCAGCAAUGUGCGCUCCAUCAUCCAACAGCUGAACAAUAGCACAACCUCCAAUGACGAUGCCAAUGGCAAUCCUCUGGCAUCGGCCUCAAUAUCCGUGCGCAAUGUUAACAACCUGCCCAUGGGCAACCUCACGGUGAAGCCGGAUCCCUCAGAUACCCACCAUCAGCAGCAGGAGUCAGCGUUUGCCCCGUACUAUGGAGGAGCCGCCGAGACCAAGUACGCCAAGAACACUGUGCUCACGGACCGCGGACUCUACGCCGGAAACGGAGCCGGAUUGGCCACAUCCACUCCGCAGCAUCAGCAGCAGCAGUUCCGUAUGCGGCGCACCGGUAGUCGGGCGGAAAUCGAUAUGCUCGAGAGGGAGACCAGCAGCCAGAUUAGGAAUCGCCUGCGCAGUGCCGAAGGUUUAACGCGAGCUGAGAGCAUCCAGCGACUGGACUAUUUGAAACAGCACCUUUUGGACUUGGAACGGCACUAUGAGAAGAGCAAGCCCUUGGUCAAUCUGGUGGACAACAUGGUCAAGUUGGGUUCACUAUACCGGAACGAUGCCAACGGCAGAGUCCAGCCAACCACUAUCGAGCGUGUGGAGUUCAAUCAGCGUAUGCAGGAGCGGCAGAUGCUGCAGGAAGAGCAGCAGCAAUGGGACCGUCUCAGUCCCAAUCAGGCCGAGCUACAGGUUCAUGAGCUCUACCAACUGGAUCAACUCCUGCAGGAAGAGUCUGGAACUCUGCAGAGCCUGCAGCGCGACAAGGAGGACCUUGAGCGAGCUUUGGGUGGUCUGAGGGCUAGAAUCCAAGACAGCAAUGCCACGCCCAUGGCUCUGGAGGCGGCCAAGAAGCAACAACACAUUUUGGAGCGCGAACUGUCGCGUGUCCAUCAGCUUCUGGCUGAGAACUCAAAGAAACUGGAGCAGACAGUGGCGGGUAAUGCUCGACUGGAGCAGGAGCUGCUGCUUUUGCGCCAGAAAGUGCAGGACACUCGAGGAGCUGCCACAAACGGAAUCGACGCUGCUGCACCCAUGAAUGGCGACCAAAACGCAGCUGUUUUACAAUCCGAACUGGAGCGUGUCCAGUCCUUGGUGGGGGAUAUGCAAAGGCAGCGACAUGAACUCAGCACCGCAGUGCGCCAGCUGACGGAGAACUCGAGCCGGUUGUACCAGGAGAUUGGAAAGCAGGAGGUUAUGAACGGUGGGGGCUCCACCAACGGCAGCCUGAAGAAGCGCAGCAACUCGACCAGCUGGACCGAAACGGACUUGGACUCCAAUAUGCUGAAGAGUGGUAGUCGGCAGCACCUAAACGACUCCAGCCUGAACCUAUCCACUCCUUUGUAUGUGGACACCAAUAGCUCCUCGAAGUUAAACGACUAUAACCGCUACAACGGCGGCGGAAGCAGCGAUGCCCUAGAGAUGAGCGGAAUGGAGAGCGAUGGCUUCUUGGAAAGCAACCCCUUCGCCAUGGGCCUGGAGAAGCAGGAAAUCAAGACCGUGAGGAUUGUGAAGAGGGAAUCGGAGCGCCGACAUCGGGAUCGCAGCGAACGGGGACUGAGCAGCUCCAUCCAGAAUCUGGACCAGGUGAUGGAGGAGGAGAUGUAUGCCCAGCAGCAGCGCGAACAGAACGCCAUGUAUCCACAGAACAACGAGGAGCAGCCGAUGACCAAUGGUCACCACAGCCGCUCCAAGUCACUGCCUAGAAACUACUCUGAACCUCCCAAGCCGCGGCACAGUCGACACAUGAAUGGAAAGACCAACGGCCACCACCACUACAACAACGGAGGUGGCUAUGACUACGACCGGAACAGCAACUACGAGCACCAGCCGCCACCACCGCCGGCACCACAGAGCAGCAAUGGGCACCACCACCAGCAGAGGGAGCACCUGAACCCGCUGGCCAAUGCCUACUUCGCCAAGCAGCUCCAGCAGCAGGCGAAUCCUUCUCGCGACAGUGCCCGCGUGGCCUUGCGCACCAAAACCGACUCCUUGCAGAGCCUGAACAAGAGCCUCACGGAUCUUAGUCCGGAGCCUGUGUUCCAGAGCGUGGCUGCCCGUCAGAUCAUCAACGAAAUGUCCGCCGGAUCGGCCUCUGAGGACACCGAGAAGGUGGUGGAGAAAGUGCCGCCUCCUCACAAGCAUCGACGGGCAGUGCCCCGGGAGAAGAGACGUCACUAUACUGCCCCGAAUAAUGUCAAUCAGAAGGCCAUGGAGAAGGUGCAGGCCGAGAACGAUAUGAAUCGCAAUAACACUAACUGGCGAGCUCGCGAUGACCUGGACAUGGAGGUGGCUCUGCGGCCGCGAAUGAAUGCCCCCGAUGUGGUGCGAUCAGCUCUGGGGCAGGGUGAGAAAAUUUCGGAGAAUACCAUUGAUAACUUGCUCUUGGCGCCGAACAAAAUAGUCAUACCCGAGCGUUACAUACCAGAAACAACGCCCGAACUGUCGCCGGAGGAGAAGAAACGCCGUCAGGAGAAGGUCGAGUCCAUCAAGAAAAUGCUGGCCGAAGCCCCCAUUAGCAGCAACGAAAAUGAGAGCCUGCCGCCGAGCAAACUCAACGCUGAGAAGAAACAACGCGAGCACCUGUUGCAGCUCAACCAAAUCCUGGCCCAGCAGGUGAUGCAAGUCAGCAAGAUCGUAGCCGAAAAAGCAAUGGCCGAAAAAGCAAACCAGGAGGAGGAGGACGAGCUGCGACCGGAGUCACCAAGCGAACCACUGCCGAUAUUCCAGCAACGCGACAAUUUUUAUAGCUAAACGGCAACAGCAACAACUAAUUAAAUAACUCCGAUAAGCGAUUAUUGAAUAUAUUAAUCAGGCACAA